GAACAUCUUGUUAUUAAGGGUGCUUCAUUGAAAUCUUUAUGUGCAUUUAGAAGCUGGUCAGUAGCAGACACUAGUAAUUAGGCGAUGAAAGGUCCUGGGUGGAUCUAUUGAUGUGUAACUUCACAGCUCAAAGAAGUCUACAUUGUUUCGUUCUCGCACGAAAAAAAAAGGACAUUGUUUUUAUUUUCUCUGUGCUCGCGCUGAUGUUUAGCAUUAUAUAGGCAUUGUUUAUUAAAACAAUGUAUGCUUAAUGUGGUGAAGUUGAAACAUUGUUGCUGUAUGCGUUAGCCUAUUGUUGACUGUGUAAUCCGAGACGGAUCCAUUAGGAGGCGAAAUAUACUAGCAAAAACAUCAUUAUUUAGCCUGACUGCUUAUCCUGACAGGAGACGGCUUGCUUUGUCUGUUGUUUACAGAGUUGGGAAGAGGAGAUUAGCAGACAAUCAGACAAUAAAGGCGGCCAUCAAUAAAGCCAGAGUCAUCACUAAAGCCAGAGUCCUCAACAAGAAAUGAUAGUUACACUACCAGAGGCUCCGGAGAAGGUCGUGCACUGUAAUGCACAGACUCUGCACAACGAAAACAAUGGAGCACCGCUACACUCCGUUUCGGAGCAGAGUUUUUCAGGACAGAACAACGGCGGAGUCUACUACCAAAGCUAUGCGUCUGUGUCGCGUGAAUUUCAGGGCUCUGCGUCAGUGACGCGAGACUACCAGGCCUGUGCGACAACGACGCGUGACUUUCAGAACUGCGCAUUUCCGCCGCGAGACACAUUUACUGCACACUGGUCUAGUUGUCAACAGCGAUUAAAUCGCAGCUGCAUGGGCGACAUAACAGUGAACAAUAAUAAUGGUGAACCGAAUGACAAGAUUAUCAGUUUGGACAAACAGAGUAUCGAUGCUCGAGAGGCUGGAAAUCAUCAAAGCAGCAACAGCAACAGCGCAGGUCCAUGCAGUCCAGACAUUUCGAACUUUCCUUCGUCAUUUAUUGAUUUCAGCUCGCCAUUCUCCAUGUACACCUCUGCCCAGUACUCAAGGCCUCACCAUCUUGACAGCUUGCACUCUGGAUACGACGCUGUUUCCUUUUCCUCUUUGAUUCAUGACUCUUCCAGUCUUGAUUCUUUUACAGGAAAACGAAAGCCUCCCAAAUGUUACGAGAUUUCUCGCCUGGGCGCCACCGAGCGCGAACGCACCAGAAUGCAUAUGCUUAACGACGCCUUUGAUGAGCUUCGCAAAGUGGUUCCCAAAUCAAACCUAAGCGAGCACCAGAAACUCUCCAAAAUCGCCACCCUUCGUUUGGCCAUUCAUUACAUUUCUGCUCUCGCUGCCACACUGAAAGCUACGGGUGCUGAGAUUCGCCUAGUCAAAGACACCGGGGUGUGCGACAGACGUGGCAGGAGGAGGGGCCGAGGUGGCAGACAUAAAAGGCUUCCAGAACAUUAUUUCCCAUGUCCGACGGUCACCAUGGCGCGCAACGACAUACCGGCGGGUGCAGGCUACUACCAGCAACAAAUUCACCAAGUUCAAGGCUUCCCUCCUCAGUCUCUCUGUACGUCGCAGCAGCAGCUUCGCGAGUCGUCGUCGUCUCAUCAUCCCAACCAGCAGGCUCACCUGCACGACAACCCUCAACAUCAUCCCCAGCCAAUGAGUCAUCAUCACCCACACCAUUAUCAGAUGCACGGGAGAUGCCAAGAGAAUCUAGGACGACAGAGGUCUGUCUUUGGUGACAAUGCCAGCAUGCAACUUUUGUGUUCACUGUGACAUUUAGGAUUUUGAAACUUGUAUUAAAAAAACAAAAAACUCAAUAUUCUUAGAAACCCGUGGGCUAAGUCUUAUUUCAGUUUCAGUAGUUGAACUGGAUCAUAAUCAUUGAUUUCUUUAAUUUGUGAGGAACAUAUUUGAUCAAGUUGUGUUGAAACAAGUGAUGUUUUAUUUCUUUGACAAACAAAAACAUAUUUCUAAAAGAUAAUGACAGAUUUGUCAAGCAGAACAUCAAGGGUGAUUUAAUAAAUCUUUUUUUUUUUCAGCAAUUCACCGAGGAGACGUUUCGUUUAAUGAAAUGAAUUACAAUAGACUUUUUAAACAAAUGUAAUUUUGAGUUUACAAAAAAAUGCAAUUCUUUUAUAAAAAAAAAAUAAAACAACUAAUUUAGAUACUAUUUCCACUUGUAUACAAAUAAUUCUGAUGAUUUUGAUGCAACCAGAUAUAACAUCAAAAAAGUUAGCGCUUUUUUUGUUGUUGUUGUUGUUGCUAAUGUGAAUCUAUAAUCCAACUAAUGUUUAAAAUGAAUGAUCUCGUUUAGAAUAGAACGUGAUGGACGAGUGGUGGCCUGGUGGCCAAGUGAUCUAUUGCUUGGCUUCCUAACCCCGCUUAAGUCUGUGAUCUGACGUAGGACGCUCCUGAGUUCACACGACUCUAAUCGGUACCUGACAUUUAUUGGGUAAAAUAAAAGUCGCUAGUUGUAACACUGUCUUAGAUGAGCAGAAACUGACUAGCUUGGCAUCAUCUGCAACUUGAGAGGAGAACGUUCCUUACUUUCAGCAUGUCAACUUUGAUUAUGCUAAUAUUUACGCUAAUAAAUGAUCAACACCCACUAGUAAAUAGUCAACAUUUGCUAGUAUACAUAGGAAUAUAUUGAUAUAUAGUCAAGACCCCAAAGAUAUAUAUUCAAUAGACACUUAGAUAUAUAGAUAUUAAUUUAUUGAACAGAAACUAUCAAGAUUAAUAAAUAUAUUCAUGUAUAUUCUAUUAUUAUGCCAAAAUGUGGAAUUACCUUUUGUUUAUAUGUAAAUAACGUUGUUUUUUAAUUUUUUUUUUUAAUAUUAUUAUUUGUGAGUUUGGUGUAACUCCGAGUUUCUUUUGACAUCGACUGCUCGAAGCUAAUAGCUUUUUUUUUCUUACAUGUUCAGACAUUAAAGGAAAAGACGAA